AUGCUCACAGAGGAGUUGGAGUACUAUGGGGGAGGAUCACUUCAAUUCCAAUUCGACGAAGCCUACAAGGACUUCAUUGGCCAUUGCCGGUCAAGAAAGCUGGACCACUCGCAACCACCUUUCAAGGUGUCCAAGGUGGUCUAUCCUUUUGAGAUUACCAUGAACGCAAAGGCUUGGAACGGCAGAGUGGUUUGCGCAUGGCUGGCUGAGACUUUGCCCCUGGCCGCUCAAGCGUUCGAUCGUGGGCAUGACGGUGGCCGAGUCACACUGACAUGUCAUGCCUUGAAAUGCAUGUCCAGGUUCUUCUGGCUUCUCGAGACGAACCCACGAGAAUUGCUUCUCGAUUGA